ACACUCUCGACAGGCCUUAUCGUAAUGGUGGCUGCACUACUGGCCGUUCCGUCUGACUGCAUAACAAGGCCUCAACGUUUGAUCUGCUACUUCACCAACUGGAGCCAUGCGCGGCCGAACGAAUAUUCCUACCAAAUAGAGGACAUUCCGGGCAAAUUGUGUACGCACGUGGCGUACACCUUUGUCGGCUUGGAUGAACCAACAUCGGCAGUGGUGUCGCUCAAACCGGACUACGAUGAAGCUCAAAAUGGGUUCGAACGCUUUCGUGACCUGAAGACACAUUUCCCCCAUCUCAAGCUGAUCGUUUCCGUGGGCGGCUGGACACACGGGGGAGCCUCCUUCAGUAAGAUGUCUGCCGCACGGCAAUCCCGACUGCGGUUUGUCGCUAGCGCUGUGGCGUUUAUGGAGCGACACGAGUUGGAUGGGUUUGAAAUUGUGUGGCUCUGGCCCGGUGCCCCAGAACGUGGAGGAAAGCCAGAAGAUAAAGACAAUUUCUACCAUCUCGUUAACGAGUUGAGGCACGGAUUUCAACGCGUCGGCAAAGGUUGGGAAGUGGCCAUCCAGGUACCGGUGGAUUGGGCACGUAUAACCGUUGGAUAUCAACAGGAAUGGUUGUGUGGAGCUGCCGACUUUGUGCACCUGGCGGGUUAUGACUUGCGUGGCUAUUGGACGGGACGUGUAGACAGUCAUAGCGUUCUGAGGCGAAGAUCGCACGAUCACGACUACUUCUACACCUUCAACAUACAGCGCGGUGUCGCAUCCUGGCAGAGUAAAGGCUGCCGACCCGAGCAGAUGGUGUUGGGUCUCCCGAUGUAUGCCCGCACUUACACACUUAAAAACUCCACCAACACUGAACCGGGCUCGCAAGCAAGCGGUCCAGGCGAAAUAGGCCCAAUAACGAAGGAUCCGGGACUUUUGGGCUAUUUUGAGUUGUGUGAGAUGCUGCAGAAGAACAACUGGACGGCCGGGUGGGACAAAAUGGGAGAAGCGCCCUAUGUCUAUCGCGGUGAUCAAUGGGUUAGUUACGAGAGCAGGACAUCGCUGUCAGAGAAAUCUAGCUGGAUACAAUCGAUGGGACUGGGUGGCGUCUAUGCGUACACGCUCGAUCUGGAUGACUAUCGCGGUAACUGCGGCGAGGCUUAUCCUCUUCUGCGCAGUAUUCAUCGCGCUUUGGGAAUCGACACAAACGCAACAGAUGAGAUUGAUUUUGCCAUAUUUAGAGAGUAG